AUGACUGAGCUGCUCAAGAGCAUUUCGAGUGUGGCGAACAUAAGGCAUCCGGUUGUUGACGUGCACACCCAUGUUUACUUGCCACGAUACGCAGCUGAACUACGUGCAAGAACUUCGGCUCCCCGUAUCUUGAACUGGACAAAUGCCGGGGGAGAGACUGAGGAGAGACUGUUGAUUUUGGAUGGAGAGCCGAGCGCUGGCCGUCCAAUUGGUCCUCAGUACUGGGAUCGAGACGAGAAGCUCGAAUUCAUGCGGAGACAUGGUAUAAACAUCUCAUUCGUGAGUUCAGCCAAUCCAUGGCUCGAUUUCUUGCCAGCGGAUCGGGCUCAAACGUUGGCUCGAGAACUAAACGAUAACCUUGAAGAGUAUUGUGCGACUUCUCCCCCUGCCGAGGGGUUUUCUGGUCUCAAGACUCUCUAUGGUUUCGGCCUUCUCCCUCUUGUCCCAGAUGUAGAAGUGUCCACCAUCAUUCAAACUAUAGAGCAUCUUAAAUCACUCCCUCACAUCCGAGGCGUGAUUAUGGGAACCAAGGGCAUCGGGAAAGGCCUCGAUGACAAUGCGUUGGAUCCAGUCUGGGAUGCUAUUCAGGCUGCGAGGCUUGUCGUCUUCAUACACCCGCAUUACGGUGUUGACACUAAAGCCUUUGGAGAUAAUGAAAAUGGACACGUAUUGCCACUGGCCUUGGGUUUCCCUUUCGAGACAACCAUUGCCAUCACGCGCCUCAUUCUCUCAGGCGUUUUGGAUCGUUUCCCAGACCUCCAUUUGCUCUUAGCCCAUUCCGGAGGGGCUUUACCUCAGCUAUCAUCUCGACUUGCCUCAUGCAUCCAGCAUGAUCCUAUCGUUGCCAAUAGGUUGAAACAUGAUGCAAGAUACUACCUUGGACAACUCUAUUUCGACGCUGUUGCAUACGGUUCCGAAGAGUUGACCUUCGUUAGCCGAACUAUUUCUCGGGCAUCUACAUUCCAGACUGGCGGGGGGGCCGUUGAUACUCAAGUCGGAAGCACCAGGCUCUUGUUUGGUACCGACCACCCCUUCUUCCCGCCACUUGAAGCAAGCCAGAAGUGGCCAAGCGUAGAAAACAAUCUAGCGGCCAUCCGGGGUAUGGCUGGUGUAGAUCGCAAAGUUGAACAUCAGGCCAACAUCUUAGGUUUAAAUGCACUUAGACUUUUCGAUCUCCAUGAUCAAUUAUACGCAUGA